UCCAGUGAUGGUGUGUUGGUGGCUGGCGUGGGCGGUGCUGCUGGUGGGUACAGUGAGGGCAUUCUGUCCUUCCGGGUGUUCCUGUGAUGAUGACGGGCCGAGCGCUCGCUGUGUGGGCGUGGGAAUCAACGUUGUCCCCAUCCUCUUUAACCCAGGUCUACGGCGUCUCAACCUGGCCCACAACACCAUCGACUCUGUUGGUCAUUCUCUUGUCUUCUUCGACCACCUCGAGGAGCUGGACUUCUCACACAACCACCUAGCCAACCUGGGCACUAGUAACUUCGUCGAGCAAGUGAGGCUGCGAGAGCUACGCCUUAGUCACAACAACCUGACCACGUUGGCCGCUGGGGCGCUAAUGGGCCUCACCUCCCUCGCUCUGCUCGAUCUCAGUCACAAUAGCCUGCCGGAGCUUCCCGCCGUUGUUCUUACAGAUGUUCCAGACCUCAAAGUGCUUUUAUUAGCCCACAAUAAACUCCACUCACUCCCUCAGCACUCCUUUCGUAGUUGCAAAGGCCUUCACGUCCUCGACUUGUGUGACAACUACUUCAGGCACGUGCCUACAUCUGCCCUGGAAGACCUAGGAGCACUUAAGACUUUACAUCUCUGUCGCAACCGUCUUACACGACUGGAGUCCAACGCUUUCCGCACGGACACCCUCGUGACACUCUCCCUGGAAACUAACAGCAUCGACAUCAUUGCCGAUACUGCAUUCCACCGCCUCCAGGGAUUACUGAAGCUGAACCUCAAUGACAACUUACUGAGGGAGGUGCCGUCGUUGGCACUCGCGUCGCUACUCAUGUUGGACUCACUCUACAUCAGCAGAAACAAACUGAAGAGCCUUGAUGGCGGCGCCUUCAGGAGUCUGGGACACCUGACUACACUAGAGAUCUCGCGGUGUCCCCACCUGUCGUCGCUACACCCCGGGGCCCUCACACAUUGUGUCAACCUGCGCAAGCUGACACUCUCUCACAAUCCCUUAGUAAGACAUUUACCCCGGGGCUUUCUAACUUCUCUGCCCCGCCUUCUCUCCCUCGACCUUCGCGGCAACGGCCUCCAGAGUUUGCCGGUGACGGAGGUGACGUGGAGGUCGCUGGCGAACCUAGACCUGAGGGGCAACCCGAUGGUGUGUAACUGUUCCGUACAGUGGCUGGCGGAGCUACUUAGUGCCUCCAACACUUCCCUGACCGCUCCAGACCUUCAGUGUGCUUCCCCGCAGAAGGUCAGAGGCCUCUACCUCUCCAGGUUGAGCCCCGGGGAGCUACAGUGUGUGGACCGCCUACAGGUGGUUGUGGGCAUCGUUAUCGUGUGUGUCUCCUCCGUGUUGCUUCUCACCCUCUCGCUCAUCCUCUGCAGGCAUGUUACAAGUGUUUAUUACGUGUUGUAG